UUUUUAUAUGUUCGGCUUUCUCCGAAAUCCAGCAGAAAAACCCUCCUCACUCGUUAAGUGGCAGCUCUGUCUCUGUGUCUCUCUCUCGCGGUCGAUCGAGCUGGGAUUCUUCUCUGCUAGUGCUGAAACCCUAGCUCUCUUCUUCUUUCGUUUGGUGGAGGAGUCGGAAGAGAGGAGGGAGGUGCGUCAUUUCCCGCUUUUGUUGAGAGGGGAUCUGUGGUAUCAGGUCGUGUAAGUGAAUGCGCUGCUAAGAAUGGCGACGCGCGACCGACCGCCAAGGCGGGCCAGGCCUGGGCCGUGGCCGCCGGCUGGGGGGGCCGCUGCAGGACCCACGGAGGGCGUGCCGCCUCCGCUGUCGUGGGCGAAGAGGACGGGAUUUAAGGGUAGGGUGUCCGGGGAGUCCAAUGCGAGUAGUUCUGGUCAGAUUGCGCUCCCCAAACCGAAGGAGGCGGAAUCUAACGUGGAUCUCGAGUCUGGGAAAAGCCACGUGCUUCCUACUCCACCGGUGCUUCCGAGUCUGCCGGUCGGCGCUCCGGCUGUGACGAAUGGGCAGCAAGUGCCGGUGCCGGUGGAUCCGAUGGCGAGGAAGAGGAGGGAUUCCGAUGGAGGUGGGGCUGGUCAGGGGCAGAAGGUCGUUGGCGCGGGGCAGAACGGACAGCAUCGGUCGGAACCACCGGUUCUGCCGAAGCAAAGGAGGGAGGAAGAGGCGAAUGCAUUGCCUCCGGUUCGUGAGGAUGACAAUGGGGUUGCCUCGCGGCAGUCGCACAUAAAGUAUGAGCUGAGAGAGACACCUGGCCUUGUUCCGAUCGUGCUUUAUGGUAUUCAGCACUACCUCUCUAUUCUGGGUUCGUUGGUUUUGAUACCUUUAGUUAUUGUUCCAGCAAUGGGUGGAACCUCUGAAGAUACGGCAGCUGUAGUUUCCACUGUGCUAUUCAUUUCAGGAGUGACUACAUUGCUUCACACAUUCUUUGGUACGAGGUUGCCGCUUAUACAAGGCCCGUCUUUCGUAUAUCUGGCUCCGGCACUGGCGAUCAUUAACUCUCCUGAGUUUCAGGGUUUGAAUGGGAAUAACUUUAAGCACAUAAUGAAGGAGCUGCAGGGAGCUUUUAUCAUGUCCUCAGCUUUUCAAGCCAUAUUGGGAUACAGCGGUUUGAUGUCAUUGUUUUUAAGGAGGGAUGAUGAUGUGGAAAUCAUGGAGGAAAGAUGUGGAAAUCAUGGAGGAAAGAGGUGGAAGGUAUGGAGGAUGCAUGGGUAUGAGGGGCAUGAAUCAUGGAGUGCUGGUUAG